CUUAUAUAUAAAUACCACACAGUCACACACAUUGUUUUAGAAUGUAAAUAAAAACACAACCAAACUGAGUAAAGAAGAGACACUAAACCAAGAAACAAAAAUGGGAUACGAAAGGCUCGGACCAUCCGGAGCAACUGGUUCGGUCACAAAAUCCACUACUACUACUACUACAGCUCCGAUCUUAAACCAAGUUGCCACGUCUUCACAACCGGAGAACAACCAUCGGAGAAGCAAGAAGAAGCUUGUAGUGUCAUCAAUCGUCUUAGCCAUCGCACUCAUCCUCGCCGCCGGGAUAUUUGCCGGGGUCAGAUCACGUCUUAAACUAAACCAAUCCGUCCCAGGCCUAGCUCGUAAACCAAGCCAAGCUAUCUCUAAAGCUUGUGGGUUAACUCGUUUCCCCGAGUUAUGCGUUGACUCACUCUUGGACUUCCCCGGCUCACUCGACGCUUCCUCUUCCAAAGAUCUAAUACACGUGACGGUGAACAUGACGCUUCACCACUUCAGUCACGCUCUCUACUCAUCUUCCUCCUUCUCCUUCGUCGACAUGCCGCCACGUGCUCGCUCAGCUUACGACGCUUGCGUCGAGUUAUUAGACGAUUCAGUCGACGCGCUCUCACGCGCUCUCUCCUCAGUCGUAUCAUCCUCAGCGAAGUCGCAAGACGUUACGACGUGGCUUAGCGCGGCUCUGACGAACCACGACACGUGUACCGAAGGGUUCGAAGACGUCGACGACGGUAAAGUGAAGGAUCAGAUGACGGCGGCGUUAAAGAAUCUCUCGGAGCUUGUUAGUAACUGUCUUGCGAUAUUCUCGGCGAGCCACGAAGGAGACGACUUCGCCGGAGUGCCGAUACAGAACAGGAGGCUGUUGGGAGUGGUGGAGGAGGAGGAGGAAAAGGACGAGAAGUUCCCGAGAUGGAUGAAGAGAAGAGAGCGUGAGAUAUUGGAAAUGCCGGUAUCUCAGAUACAAGCUGAUAUUAUCGUCUCGAAAGACGGUAACGGCACGUGCAAAACCAUAUCGGAAGCUAUCAAGAAAGCUCCUCAGAACAGUACUCGCCGGACUAUCAUCUACGUCAAGACCGGAAGAUAUGAAGAGAACAACCUCAAGGUCGGUAGGAAAAAGAUAAAUUUGAUGUUCGUUGGAGAUGGGAAGGGUAAAACUGUCAUUUCGGGAGGGAAAAGCAUAUUUGACAACAUUACUACUUUCCACACGGCGUCGUUUGCUGCGACCGGAGCUGGAUUUAUUGCAAGGGACAUCACAUUCGAAAAUUGGGCCGGUCCAGCAAAGCACCAAGCCGUGGCUCUCCGCAUUGGAGCUGACCACGCGGUGAUCUACCGAUGCAAUAUUAUCGGUUACCAAGACACACUAUACGUACAUUCAAACCGCCAAUUCUUUCGUGAAUGCGAUAUCUACGGUACAGUCGAUUUUAUUUUCGGGAAUGCAGCUGUGGUGCUACAAAACUGUAGCAUCUACGCACGUAAACCCAUGGAUCUUCAAAAAAACACAAUCACGGCUCAAAACAGAAAAGACCCGAACCAAAACACGGGAAUAUCGAUACAUGCGUCAAGGGUUUUGGCCACAUCCGAUCUCCAAACGACAAACGGUAGCAUCCAAACGUUUUUAGGCCGACCGUGGAAGCUAUUCUCUAGGACGGUGUAUAUGAUGUCGUAUAUUGGUAGUCAUGUACACACGAGAGGUUGGCUCGAGUGGAACACAACAUUUGCUUUAGAUACGUUAUACUAUGGAGAGUAUAUGAACAGUGGACCGGGGUCAGGUCUUGGGCAACGAGUGAAGUGGCCUGGGUAUCGAGUCAUCAAUUCAACUGCCGAGGCAAACCGGUUCACGGUGGCAGAAUUUAUAUACGGUUCGUCGUGGUUGCCUUCGACCGGAGUUUCGUUCUUGGCCGGAUUAAACAUAUAGAUAGAGAAAACUGAAAUGCUUAUGUUUUUUCCGAUGAAUUGUUUCAUUCUUACUGGUCCUUAUAUAUUAAUGGACAUAUCAUUAAUCCUAUAAAUAUAUAUAUUUUAACUUUUAAUUGUAUUUUCUCAAGAGGUAUAAUUCAAUAAGAUCGUCAAGAGGAUAAUUUUCCAUUA